CGGAGGGGGUGGUGAAUCUGUGAGAGCAGAGGGAGGGAGCGAGGCAAAGAAGAGGGUCGAGAGAGAGAGCGUGAGACGUAGGUUACAGAACGCGGAGCUUGCUCCACAGUGUCGGGUACAUCUUGAGCAACCCAGAGAGAGAGAGAGCAGAGAGGGAGAGGUAAAGGGAGAGGGAAGGAGAGUUCGUGAUGAUGCCAGGGAUGGUGGCCACGGGACUCGCCCGAGUCAGCGACUCCAUCCGGGGCCUACAACUUUCCUCGGGACUGUCUUCAUCAUCAUCAGCAGCAUCAUCAGCAUCAUCAUCAGUAUCAUCAUCAGUAUCAUCAGCAGCAACGUCGACAGUAGCAGCGGUGUCUGCAUCAUCAUCAACAGCAGCAGAAGCAUCGGCGCGUUUACCAUCAGCAGGAGCACCACCACCAUCAUCAACAGUAGCAGUCUCAACAUAUUCCAUAUCACUAGCAUCGUCAACAACAUCAUCAUCAUCAGCGCACGCUCACAAUGACCAAGUGGGUUGCACGCUAAGUCGGUCCGGAGAUAGAGAAAGACCAGACUCUGGGAAGAUUGCUGCUGAUGAUGGUGAUGGAGGUGGUGAUGGUGGUGAUGGUGAUGAUGAGAAGGAGACGGCAGCUGCCAACGAGCACGCGGCCGCAACCCGCCACUCGGACUCCCACACGGGGGGGCCUUGCCGCCCUAAGCGCCCCCCCCCAGCCCCCACGUCCGCCCCCCAGAACGCUGUCCCUCGCAGUGCUUCCUGGGUGCAGCUGUCUGGCCACGAAGGGAGCCUGAUGCCCUCGCACUCAGGCACGGUGCUCAAGCGCUUCUGUCCCCACGAGCAACGCUGCCUGCAGCUGCUCAUGGGCGAUGCGCCGCUGUGCCCCUUCGUCCCCGAGUUCCACGGCGACACCACCAUCACCACCGUCACCGCCACCGUCAUCGCCGCCGGCGCCGCCGUGAAAACGACAGCCGCGACGCCCUCCCGGUACCGCUCGACGUCCCAGCGCUACAACCGCAUGCAGGACCUGCUCGCGGGGUUCCGAGCGCCGGCCGCAAUGGACUGCAAGAUGGGCGUGCGCACGUACCUGGAGGAGGAGCUGGCGCUGGCGCGCCGCGACCCCCAGCCGCGUGCCGACAUGCUCGCCAAGAUGGUGGCGGUGGACCCGACGGCGCCGACGGCGCUGGAGCGCGAGCGCGGCGCCGUCACCAAGCCGCGCUACAUGCAGUGGCGCGAGCUCUGCAGCUCCUCCGCCUCGCUCGGAUUCCGCAUCGAGGCCACCAAGAAGAGCGACGGGACGCUGAGGCAGGACUUCAAGAGGACCAAGUCGAGGGACGAGGUGCGCGCCGCACUCGAGGAGUUCGUGGGCGGAGACGCCGUCGUCAUGGAGAGCUACAUCAGGAGGCUCCACGCACUCCGAGCGGCGCUCGAGGUCUCUCCGUUCUUCCGCUCGCACGAGGUCAUCGGCAGCUCGCUGCUCUUUGUGCACGACGCUGGCGGCCCCGCCGGCGUGUGGAUGAUCGACUUCAGCAAGACGCGGCCGCUGCCGCCCGGCACGGCGCUCGACCACCGCACGGCGUGGCGCGAGGGGAACCGCGAGGACGGCUACCUGGGCGGCCUGGACAACCUCGUCGCCAUCCUGGAGGAUGUGGCGGCGGCGGCGGCGGCCGAACCGCGGAGCCGGCGGCGCUGCUAGCGACGCCGCGCGGAAACGGGGCGACCGGCGUUGCCGCCGCGGAUGUGGGCACCGCCGACGACUGGCCCCGCCAACGCCGCCGCAAACACCGCCCCCACCGCUGCCAUCGCGGACGCCGCCACCCACUGCCACCCAGCACCACUACCGCCGCCGCCACCACCACCACCAUUGCCACCACUAUCACCAGUGCCACCACCGACAACCACUGCCGCCACCACCACCGCCGUCACUAUCACCACUAUCACCACGGCCACUACCACCAUCGCCACCACUCCCGGUCACCACUGCUUCAGCCAACACCUCCGCCACCGUAACGAGCGACAACUACCACCACCGCCGGCGUCGUAUGCGCGCGUUAUUUAUUCCCAUUUUACUUGUACAGCGCUUAUGGUUGAUUCUCAUUUGUCGUCGAAUCUCGCGAGUUAUUGGGGCGGGUUUGUAUUUGCGUUCCGCAUUUUGAGUCGGCACGAGGACCUGGACUCGGAUCGCCGCAGCCGCUGCCCAAACGGGCGCCGGGUUAUUUAUUUUAAAUUUCCGAGCGUUUCCGCGUGAACCUCGGCUGUGCGGGGUUGACCCCCCCUCCCCCGCCCGCUCGCCCGUUUGUUUGGUCGUCGGUUCCGUUGAACUUUGAGCGAGCCCCUCGUGAACCAGAGGGGUGGGGGUGGGAGAGAAAACAUCACUGGAGUCACCGGCUCUUAAACGUCGAUCUGCUCCUCCGUGGGCGAGACUCCCCCCCCCCCCGUCCCCCCCCCCCCAGCCGUCCCCAGGGCUGAGGGGGGUGGGGGGCGGGAAAUCGGAUCGCGGCCUGGGCUCCCGUGAAAAGGCACGCAGGGAUUAGCGGCGUAAGGCACUACCACUAGACUACAAAGGUACGCCUAUGCGUAGCAAUCUUAUAAUGUUGCAGCCUAUGUUCUUGUAUAUAAUCCUACGGAGGGGUUUACGACAAAACUUAUUAUUUUAAUAAUAAUCCUAAUGAUACUAAUGUGCUGGCAAAAUAAUUCCCGUACCGGUGUUACAAGCUGUUCCAAUUCAGGUCGAAUAUUAAGUGCAGGGGUGAAUUUUUUGUUCCAACCGGAUUUUGGUGAAAAGUGCCACAUUUCCGGCACGGUGAAGGAAGGCGACGAAUCUCUCCCUCGGUUUCUCUGAGCUGUGACUUUUAGUCUCUGGAGGGUUGGGGGUCGCCAUCUCGCUGGAGUGAUCGCAGGAGCGUGGGAUAAACUGGACAAAUGCCGUGGAUGGAUGUUCACACGGUGAGCGUUGGUGCUGGCGAGUGUCGAUAGGUGCAAAUGGGUAUUUGUGCCGGUGAGUGUGUGCCGGUGAGUGUGUGCCGGUGAGCGUGUGUGUGUGUGUUGGUGAGUGUGUGCCGGUGAGUG